AUUGUGUCUUACGAUUCAAAACAUGAAGAGUUUGGUGGUGAUCGCUUUGCUUUUUACACAGCAAAUUGGUAAGUCACAAUGAUGACAAUUGACGUAGUUCUGACAUAAAAGAGUUGAGGUCUACUGCUUACUUCUCUGCAAACAUUUAAAGCAGUCUUAGUUCUAUCCUCUCCUCCCUUAAUUUAAAUUACGUAAUCUGUUUCCCUCACGCCUGUCAUCUGUUGAACAUUUGGAAGAACUAUUGCGCUCCUUGCCACUAUGAUUCAAUUUAAUGUAACUGUUUUUCAUAUAAAGCUAACCAAUCCUCAAGUCCUCGAUACAUCCUACUGUCGAACCACACUUUAUGGACACCCUCUUAAUAAGGGCACCUCGCUAUUAAGGACAGUUUUCUUUGUUCCUGGGAAAAGCACAUACAUUUUCUCGAAAUUCAACCCACUCAAUUUGGACACCCCGUUUAUGCGGACAACAACGAAGGACGCUUGCCUCUUGCCCAAUCAAUAGAUUCUCAAAGAAAGGCAACCUUACUAAGGCAAGCACUUUGUCAUCAACUGUGUGCUAAAGGACCUUUCCUUUUUGUAGGUCACUGGGUAUACCGAACAGGAUGAAUUGUAGACGUCAAUUUUAGACUAUUUUGGCAGCCGCAAAAUAGUUAUCCAGAGAACGGUUUUGAUUACUAAGUAGCAAAACUGAGCGAUUUUUGAAUGUUUCCGUGCGUUUAGUCCACAGAAUGGCGGCUUUGUGAAGUUAGAUAUGUCAAAUCUUACGACUAAAAUAACAUGGCCCGCUAUGAACGGACAAUCCGUUAAUACGGACACUCUUUAUGGCCUUUCCACUGUCCAUAUUUGCAGGGUUUGAAUGUAUUCGAAAUUUUUCUCCAUCGCUAGAAAUCAUUUGGGGUGCCUUCGAAAAUAUCCAUUAUUCUUUUUUUUAAUUUUUGUUCUCAAAAUGUAAAGAAAUAUUAUCGAGUCCCAUUGUGUUUUUUAGUAUAUCUAAUGUUCUUCAAUUUUCGCAUGUUAUAUGUAUUUUUGUAUAUUCUUCCUCUGUUACCUCUCCCUCUUAAAGUAAAGUUACUGUACUGUAUAGUAUUGUAACUUAUCUUAUUUACCUAGAGAUAGUUUUUGUGAAUAGACUAGGCAUGUUUCUGCCAUAGAAGUUGACAGAAUUCUUGAGACUUCAAGGAACAUUUUUUAGAAAAAUCUCAGCUGUGCGGUGAACUAUCCCUAAUUUGCACACCUUUGGAACUAACUCUAAGUGACAGUCUAAGAGUGUGAUGUUCGUCUUACAAAGUCUCUCUUACAGAGCUGUCCGUCUUAUAGAGGUGUCCACUGUUGAGUCACUAAACUCUCCCUAAUACAGUGACAAAUUGGAUCGACACUAAGUGUCGUCUUAGAGUAACGUACGUCCUAUAGAGAGUCAAAUAAAGGGAGGAAAGAAAGGCAGGGACCAACUCUAGGUGUCCGUUUGACCUAGGUGUCCGUCUUAUAGAGGUGUCCACUGUGCAGUCACUGAACUCUCUCUAAGACAGACACCUUUGGGAACGGCACUAAGUGUCGUUUUAGAGCGAUGUUCGUCUUAUAUAGUAAACUAAAGGCAGUAAAGAAAGGCAGUAAACAACUCUGGGUGUCCGUUUGACCGAGGUGUCCGUCUUACAAAGGUGUCCAUUGAGAGAGUCGACUAUAAUGGCAAAAUUGACUGAAAUGUCUUCUUGUCUACAGCUGCUGGGCCAACAGAGUGUUACUCUUGCUUAGAGAAUGAUCCAGCGACUUGUUCCGCGAAUCAGCAAGUGCAGACUUGUGCCACCGACCGAGGUUCACUUGGAACAACUCAUUGUGGUUUUCGAGCUGGCAUAUAUGGCGACGAGUUUGGAAAUACCAACUAUGGGGUCAUGCGAGGAUGCAUAAACUGUGCUGGUAAUAAUUCUGAAAACUGCCUAAUUGGCAAACAUAGCUAUCAAAUUAAAUUUAAGUAUGUAAAGGGAACGGACGUAGAUUGCCAAUUGCCAAACUGUGGACACUUACCCAACAUGACUCUAUUUAAUCAGUUCGUUACUUUAUAUUUACUUGAUUUAAUCUUGAUUUUUUUAAAUUUAUAUAUGAGAUCGUUCUUCUAUUUUUUUUUUUUUUUUUUUUUUUUUUUUUUUUUUUUUAUUUAUAUUUUUUUUUUUUUUUUUUUUUUUUUCCAGAAAAAACCCAAACGUCUGAGGGGGUUUUUUGCUUUUUAAAAGCAUUUAUAGGGGGACUUUUUUCUCAAUUGGGGAUCGGGGCGUUUCUGGGCGGCAAAAAAAACACGGGGACCGUCCCCACUUUGCCAUUGUUGGUCUGUGGUUCAAACGGGUGCUUUUGCCUUUUUUGUCAUUUUUCUAUUUGUGGACACUGAACCAACAUUACUCUUUUUUAUGUGUUUGUUUCUUUUUUUUUUCUUUUUUUUUUCUUGAUUUUUUUAAAUUUAUAUAUGAGAUCCUUCUUCUUUUUUUUUUUUUUUUUUUUUUUCAUCUUAUCAUUAUGAAUAAUAUCAUUAAUUUUACUGAUCUGCUGAUCCAGAUAAACGCCAAGCGUCUGAGAGGACUUUUGGCUAUCUUAAAGCAUUGCUAGGAUGGACUUUACUGCAAUGUGAGAUCGAGUGCUGUACUGGCGACAAAUACAACACGGGGACCGUUCCAACUUUGCCCACGCCUGGUUCAGGUACAAAAGAGAAAUGUAAUCGGGAAAUAUUACUGAUUUUAGGGUUGUGAUAUAAAAGAAGUGCGGCUUACUACUGAAAUGAUACUUAAAAUCAGAAUUUAACAUCAAACAGACUUGAAAAAUCUGCAAUGUCAAUAGGAAUAUUGCAUUAUUACGCAAUCAGAAGUUCGUAAAAUGUUCAAAAUUACCAUUUUUAUAGCGGUCGAAUGACCAUACUUCUAGAUCUAUGAAAACCGCUUAUUUUGAGAUGAUUUUUGGUGAAAUUUUGAAGUAAGAAGUUUAACUAUAAGAAAUUACUUUUCAUUAAGAUAUUUAAAAGGAUCUAGUCUCAACAAAUUUUUAGGCAAAUGCGAAAAGAAAUAAUGUUCGAUUACACACCUACGUUUAUGUGCAUGGGUAAUACCGAUCGGCAAAAAUGGAGGUUAACACGUAAGUUUCAAUGAAACCUUUCUGAUGAUCGACACACUGAUUGCACCACUUUCAUGGACUGGGUGUAAACUCUGGAGAACUCAGUGUAUCUAUGAAGAAACUAUUCUUUUCCACUUUCUGUGCAUCUGAAGUUUAAACACUCUAAGCGACUCUGCCUUUUUCGUGUACAACAGGUUCUUGGGCGAAGCUUACUCGUUUCUUAGGUAUUCUUCUUAUUCUUUAAGGGAUUGUCACUGGAGUAAGGCGUCUGAAAAUGACGAAGAAGAAUGUAUGCCCCAAUUAUCUUAUUUCGUAUUUAACUUUAAUACUGGUUUCAAAUAAAACAUUAGCCCUUUUUUUAAAAAAACCAACACCAAAAGAAACUGUGGCAGAAUAAGUAAUGCACAACAUUAGCGGAUUUCUGUUCAAGAAGCAUAUCGACAUUAGCUACUGCAUUGUCAUUUCUGGGCAUCGGCACGGAACAUGCGUUUCAGUGCAUAUAGGGCUAAGCAAAUAGAGCCCGGCUACCUACGUAAGAAAGCCGCUGCGAAAGCCGAUCAUUAUUUAUCAUAUUAGUGGGGAUUUAGGGAACUUGACUGGAUUUUAGGAUUAGCUCAAGCGGUGUUCACUCGAGUAGGGCUGGAAUCUCUUUUCCCUCGGUACCAGAGACUGUUUAUAUGACGCGCUUUCCGGUUUCGGUCAAGUCUUUAUAGUGUUUUUUCUCGUGACUUCGUCGUUCGUGGCAUUGGGCUUCGGCCGACACCGAAAAAUCCUCCUGCACGCGAAAAAAAAAACCGGUAUUACCCUGGGUAAAAUCUCGUUUGUGAGAAGUGGAACACAUUAACACUGAUGGAGUCAUAAAUUUCUUCCCAUUAACAUAAUAUUAUGCUGAUGUCACGUUUUAUUGCAAUUUUGAUGAUGCGUCUAGCAUAACCGGUUUGACAGGUUUUGAACAAUUAGUCAUGAAAUCGAUGAUGCAACUUCCGUGAGUCAUGAUUAUGUAGGGUUUUUAAAAAACAAUUUCUUUGGUUGCUAAACCGUAACGUAAUUUUUUUUUGCACUUUAUACUAAUGACGAUUCCAAGCUUCCAAAAAUUAAGGAAUAACCGCUCCAUUAAGUUACACCCAGUCACUCCAUCUGACCGCAAUUUGCGCCUGGUUAAGACUAAGCUGAUAUGGCCGGUAAGAACCCUACGAUCCAUAAAAAAAAAUACUGAAAUAAAUUUUUUCACUUUUGCCCACUCCUGCUGGCCCGACACAAUGCUACUCUCGCUUAGAGAAUGAUCCAGCAACUUGUUCUGCAAAUAAGCGAGUGCAGACUUGUGCCACCGACCCAACUUCACUCGGUACAACUCACUGUGGUUCUGGAGCUGGAAUAUAUCGCGACGAAUCUGGAAAUACCAAGCAUGGGGUCUUUCGAGGAUGCAUUAACUGUGCUGGUAAUAAAAUAAGAAAUCCACAUUGUUAAACACAGCUACUUCAAAUUAAAACUAAGUAUAGGAACUAAACGGCAAUGGUUUUGCCAAGCUGUGGACUGCACCAACCCUAUAGGGUUUGUUUUAAUUAGCUCAGCUCGUUGUAGUUCAAGUUAACUGAAUUUAUUUAUUAUUAUUGAUCUGCUUGAUCCAGACAAAGCUCAAGCGUGUGAGAGAGUCUAUGGUUACGUUAGAGCAUUGUUAGGAUGGACAGUGCUGCAAUGUGAGAUUGAGUGCUGUACUGGAGAUAAAUGCAACACGGGGACCUUUCCAACUGUUCCCACAUCUGGUUCAGGUACAAAAAAAAAUUAUUCAGGAAUAUUACAAAUACUAGAGCUAUUAUUUAACAAACGCGAUUUACAACAAAAACGAUACUACCUCGAAGCGACUUGAAAAAUCUGAAUUGCAGAUAGGAAUGCUGCAUUAUUACGUUAUAAGAAGUUGGAAAAAAUGUACCAAAUUACUCAUAACGGUCGAAUAACUAUACCUCUAGGUUUAUGGAAACCUCUUGAGUUGGGAUGGAUUUGCGUGGAUUAGACACUUGCUACACAAUCAGGUUUAUACUCAAACUUGAACGAAUUAGAACUGCUAAAGUUGUAGUUUGUUGCCAAUUAUGCCAUAAUUGUGACUUUUAACUAUCCAAAAUUGCUGCCAUUAUUUUUUUCAUCGAAAAAGCGGAUUAAUAGAUGACAAAUGGAUUGACCCUCACCAUAUCUUGUAACCAUAGGAACCAAUUGCUAAAAAAAUUCGGCCAAUAAUCUGAUUACAUGUUCUAUACGACCGUUAAUUGGCGUUUUUUUUUUUUUUUUCAAUUUAGGUGGUAGCAAAAACACCGAAGAACAGGUCACAGGAGUGCUUGCCUUUGCUGCUGCCUCUGUCAUCAUUUGGCACCACUUUUAG